AUGCUCAUGCAGACCAACGCACUGGCAACGGCAUCUUUUGAAGAAAUCCUAGAUGAUCUAUCAACACGUUUCAUCAUCAACGUACCAGAAGCAGAGUUGAAGUCGCCACAUCGUAUUUGUUUCCAAGUCGAGCAAGCACACUGGUUUUAUGAAGACUUUGUUCGUCUCUUGCAACCCAACUUGCAAUCGUUUCAACUCAAGACUUUUUCAGAGAAAAAUAUCCUUUAUACCCAUUGCCCUCUUCUCAAGCAAUGGGCGCAUCAACAUGAACGAGCAUAUGCGGAUUUCAUGCAGUAUAGGUUUCGGAUACCGGUGUGUGGUGCCAUUUUAUUGAAUGAGAAUCUGGACAAGUGUGUACUCGUCAAGGGAUGGAGUUCCAAGUCAGGAUGGAGUUUUCCUCGAGGAAAGAUCAAUCAAGAUGAAGAAUAUGAUCAUUGUGCUAUUCGAGAGGUGAUGGAAGAAACAGGCUAUGAUAUUUCACCUUUGAUUCGGGAUACGUAUCUCCAAUGCACGAUUCGUGAGCAGUCCAUCCGAUUGUAUAUUGUUUGUGGUGUGCCAGAAGAUACCAAGUUUAUGCCACAGACGAGAAAGGAAAUUAGUCAAGUGGAAUGGUUCAAGUUGGAUGAUUUGCCUGGAUUGAAACCUGGAUCACGUGGUAGAUUUUAUAUGGUCGUCCCAUUUGUAAGCAAACUUAAGCUCGCCCUUCCCAUUUUGCGUAAAGAGCAACAAAAAGCCAAAGGCGGCGGCGGCAAGCCAACCAAGAAUAAGGCUAAUGGUCAUCGUAAGAAGAACAAGAACAACAACGUGACACAAUCCGACAAGUCGUCGUCUUCUCCACCAUCACCUCCCAACGACAAUAACAGUGCUGCCGAACCAUCCGCUGCUCUCAAAUCCUUGCUUGGUAUCUCUGCAUCAACUACAUCACCAGCAACUCCAACCACUGCAGCAACCACGCCACCCAAUGAAACCCCUGAACCAUCUUCAGCUCUCAAAUCACUUCUUGGUAUUUCUCCUCAGCAAGCAAAUGCAUCUGAAUCCACCACCGAAAACGGUACACAUCAUGUCAUUGAACAACAACAACAACAACAACAACAACAGGCCCCUCCACCUGCUCCAGAAUCACAUCCAUUGCUUGCAUUGCUUAGACAAGCCGAUUCUCGUUACAAUGAUACUUCGUCAACUACCAAUGCACCGACAACGCCUCCUUUGUUAGCCAUGCUUCAAAAGGCAAAUCCCAACAACAAUGCUUCAUCGUCUUCGGCUGCUGCACCCCCUCCACCUCCACCACAGCAACCUGUUGCAUCGAAUUCAACUGAAAAUGGAUCCAAUGGUACCCAUCCUCUGAUUGCUCUUUUACAGUCAGCACAGCAGCAACAGUCUUCUUAA